UUUGCAACAACUCAGUGUGUUUCCUAUUGAAGACAAGUCCCACCUCUAUAAAUAAAGUAGCCUACCUCAAAAACAUAACAUAUUGAAAAAGCUCUCAUUUUUAAUUAUUUUCUUGAAGUAGUACUGCGAGAAAUGGAUUCAAGGUAUACUGGGACUGGGAAGAGUGAAAAUGAAAUGCAUAACGACGAUGAAGAGACAAGAAGUAAAUACCCAUUUGUGAGUAUUUUAAGUAUGAGUGGAGGAGAUGGAGAUAAUAGUUACUCCUCCAAUUCUCUUCUUCAGAGAAGAGUUUUAUCAAUGACCAAGCCAAUCCUGGUUAAAAACACCAAAGAAAUGAUGACAAACUUGGACUUUCCUAAAUGUAUUAAAGUAGCCGAUUUGGGCUGUUCUUCAGGACAAAACACGUUCUUGGUGAUAUCUGAGAUCGUUAACACAAUCAAUUUGUUAUGUCAAGAAUGGAACCAAAACCCACCAGAGAUAGAUUGUUGUCUGAACGAUCUCCCUGGUAAUGAUUUCAACACGACGUUCACGUUCAUAACUUUCUUCAACGAUAAGCUCACAAGCAAAAUACCAUGCUUUGUCUCUGGAGUCCCUGGUUCCUUUUACUCAAGGCUCUUCCCAUGCAAGAGUCUCCAUUUCAUUCAUUCAAAUUACAGUAUUCAUUUCCUCUCUAAGGUUCCCGACGGACUGGAGAAGAAGAGAGUCUACAUAACAAGUUCAAGUCCUCUAAGUGAAUACAAGGCUUACUUGAAUCAAUUCCAAAGAGAUUUUACGACGUUUCUAAGGAUGCGCUCUGAAGAGAUGGUAUCUAAUGGACGCAUGGUUCUCACAUUAAUCGGCAGAAAGACUCUUGAGGAUCCACUCUAUAGAGAUUGUUGUCAUUGGUUGACAUUGUUAUCCAAUGCUCUGUGCGACAUGGUCUUCGAGGGUCUUGUGAGUGCAUCAAAGGCGAAUUCGUUCAACAUGCCGUUUUAUGAUCCCAACGAAGAAGAAGUGAAAGAAAUUAUUACAAAUGAAGGAUCGUUCAAAAUAAACGACUUGGAGACACAUGCUUUUGAUCUCGGCCAUAGUGACGAAAAUUUUAGCUUCCAAUCACAUAUAGCUCAAGCAGGGAAAAAAGAAGCUAAUUGCAUAAGAGCAGUGACGGAAACGAUGCUCGUAGCUCACUUUGGAGAUGCCAUUAAUAUCGAUACAUUGUUUGAGAAAUAUGCGCAUCAUGUGUCGCAGCAUGCUAGCUGCAAGAACAAAACGUCUGUCAGUCUAGUCAUUUCAUUGAUCCGGAAUUGAAUUUUAUUAUGUAGUCUAUAUUCGAGUCGAAACAGUUCUACGGAUCAAGAGAAAAUAAAUUUCUUAAUUAAUGAA